AUUCCAAGUUUAUCAAUAUCCCUUCAUAAGUAUUAUGCUGUUUUUUCUGAUAAAUAUGAAGUCAAUUAACUUGAUGCAGUAUUUGUGAAACUGCACAUGCAUGCUUGAACAAAGUACCAAAUAACCAGCCAAGCCAAUAUUUGUGUUACUUGGGAAGGUACACCAACAAAUCCUUGUGGCCCUCUUCACUUGCGUGCCUCUAGAACCCUCUCUCACUUGACUAUAUAAGAUUAUUUCGUCAAGCAGUAGUUUCACAACCCAAAAAGCCUGAAGAUCACACAUGCGAUGGGAAGCUUAAAGAAGAAGAAUGAGAGUGGGGUGAGCUACUUUCAGAUGCCGCUUCACUACCCGAGGUACACCAAGCAGGAUUACCAGGACAUGCCGGAGUGGAAGCUUGACCAACUUCUCGCCCAGUAUGGCCUGCCGACUCAUGGCGACUUGGCUUACAAGAGAGAUUUCGCCAUCGGGGCCUUUCUGUGGCCAGAUUUUCAUCAGGGCUCCAAGCCUCCUCCUCCUUACCGCACCAUCAACGAUGCUUCUCUUCUGGACAAGAAAAUUAAAUAGCUACAA